CGCAAUUCGCACCGAGCCGCGCGCGGAGUGAUCCUGUAGUGGAAUUGUGCUCGUCUGUGACUUUCUUAAACGAUUAAUUAAAUACGGUUCUUAAACGAUUAAUUAAAUACGGUGUCUCCCAAUUGUUACAUUUAAUAUUAAACACAUAAAAUAGUUUUUGACACAUCUUCGAAAUUUGAUGUGACUUUACUGGGAAAAAAUAGAGGCAAAAGAGAAUAAAAAUCGUGAUGUCGUGGUCAAAAAACACAAUUGCAAACAGUCGUCAAACAUACAAUUUUGAAUUACCACCGACACCUCCGACACCGUGUCUUCACUUGGAAGGACAGAACGCAAGAUCAGCAACAACAGAUUGCGAGAUGACACCUUGGUGUCAAAAGUGGUCCUGGAAUAAUCCCUGCAACGGAUUCGAUGUUGCAACUGACGAAAUCGCUCGAAAUCUACAUUCUUCAUCAUAUAUCGCAAAUUUACUUCAAAGCACCGACACCAAUCAAAAUUAUCGCACUUACAGGUGGGAGCAAUAUUUUCAGCAAGAUGCUGCAGAUCAUACGAUGAUUGAUCCAUCGAAUAAAAAGGAAAGUGUUAAAUCUUCGAAUGAAUCUAAAGAUUUAUUAUAUGAAAAUCAAGACCAAUCACAUUCACGGCGUGUGAUGACAAAUACAGAAACGACUUUUCGCACUUGGGAAAUGCCUCAUUUACAGAAUAUGACUGUAAAUUAUGAAGAUAAGAAUAAGUAUCAAUUUUGGCAAGAUUCACAACAAAAUGAAAAUUAUGCGAAUUCAUUCUUCGGAGAAAAUACACUUCCGCAGCGAAAACAAGAAACGACAAAGAAGACAAGCGAGAAACCGCGGAAGGAGAGAACCGCGUUUACGAAGCAACAGGUUCGACAUCUCGAAUGCGAGUUUGCGCACAGUAAUUAUUUGACACGUUUACGUCGUUACGAGAUUGCUGUAGCGCUGGAUUUGACAGAACGUCAGGUAAAAGUGUGGUUUCAGAAUAGGCGUAUGAAAUGGAAACGGACGAAAGGAAGUACGAUGAACGUACAGGAAGCAACCAAAUCGUGAUAUAUUUUUCGAAUAUAUCAAUCAACUAGUAUACAAUAUUUAGAUGUAAUUGUACAUAACGAUUUACACAAAUAUCAUUUCCAGAAGUAUUAGAAAUUUAUGUAAUGUCUAUUGUUACUUGUAGAGGCUCAUAUUUUAUCGUAUAUAAAUUUUUGUUUUUUCACAAA